CCAACAUGGCAGGCAGUAAGUUGCUGUUAGAAGGAAGAGUUAGUGUAAAAGGCUUUAUUUUAGGGCUCAGCGUACUUAUAAUCCCACUGAUCAGAACCUGGUUUGGACAUCUUGACUGGGUCUUUGAUUAUCUGACGGAAACUCCUGGGAAAGUAGCGAUUUGCGUCCACAUUGCAGUUAUCAACGGCCUCUUGCUGAUCAUAUACAGGGGACCUCUGUACAAGGUUGCCGUGAGAGCCUGCUUUCUGGGAGUUACUUUUGGCUGUGGCUUAAUUAUAAGCUUCUCUGAUACCACUUGGACACAUUUUGGCUGGUACAUGUGCUCCCUGUCGUUCUUCCAUUACUCUGAGUACCUGGUGACGGCCAUCAUCAACCCUCGCAGCCUGUCCCUGGACUCCUUCCUGCUCAACCACAGUGUGGAGUACACCCUGGCUGCUGUCUCAUCAUGGGUGGAGUUCACUGUGGAGAAGCUGACCUUUCCAGAGCUGAAGCAGCUGAGCUGGUUGAGCUUUGUGGGUCUGCUCAUGGUGCUGUGUGGUGAGGGCCUGCGUAAGUCGGCCAUGUUGACCGCCGGGUCCAACUUCAACCACAUCGUCCAGAAUGAGAAGGCCCAGAGCCACGUGCUGGUCACUGGCGGGGUCUACUCCUACUUCAGACACCCCUCCUAUGUGGGCUGGUUCUACUGGAGCAUAGGAACACAGGUCAUGCUGUGUAACCCGGUGUGUAUAUUGGGCUACACGAUAGCCAGCUGGAGGUUCUUCCGGGAGCGGAUCGAGGAGGAGGAGCUCUCUCUCAUCCAUUUCUUUGCCGAGGACUAUGUGGAGUACAAGAAGAAGGUUCCCACCGGGCUGCCCUUCAUCUCAGGCAUCCGUGUCAACUAGUCCCAGGAACUGGAUGCUGGAUGUAACAGACUUACAGCACUAAAGCAGGUCAGACCUGGUGGGUUUGUGGCGUCAUGCCGUUGACGGCUGCCCUUCCGGAGGGAAACCCUGCAGCUGGGUGAGAGCCUGUAGCUCACAGACAGAGACUGUGACAGCUAGGGGGGGGACGGCGGCGGGCAGCUGGGCUGCUGUUUUUCUACCAACCUCCAAAAUCCAGUUAAAGACCAGACAACCUCCACUACGCUCCAUGUAUUCCAGUAACAGCCACCCUAUCUGUUUCAGUUCUGUUUGUGUUUGCAUGCUAAGGCCAUGCGUAGUGUUCUCACUGAUGACCUGCUGUGUUGAAGAGUGCUUUGGUGUCACACAUCAGCAGAACAGGAAGUGACGGUUCCCUGAAGUUUCCAUGUUUGAGUUUCACAGGAAUCCACCAGGUUCAGUAGCUGUCUGUGUGAUAGGCUAGUUUCUACCACUUUUUUUUUUUCUACCACCAUUUUUAAACCGAACCAAAGCUUAAAGGAAUACUCCCCGAUCACCCGCUGUAGUAGAGCCCUUCACUGGCCCUCUCAAUGUCCAGUAUCUACGACUCAUCCCUGGACAUUCUGCCGAGUCAGGUCUGGUAGGGUCCCCUUGUAUGCCUGCAGGUCUCAGAUCUGUGCGUGUCAUCAUUUGAAGGCUGAUGGAGACUUGAGGCAGCUGCGGGUUUUUCUUUUUGUUUUGUUUCGGUUCAAGUAGGUUUUCCACGGGUCUCUCUCCAGAUCAGUUCGGCAGUGAGUCAGCCACAUCAGAAUCUCUGUACACGCAUCUCAAACCUCAUCUGCAGCAUAACCCACCUCCAUCACAGCUGCUCCACACCAGAGAUCAGAUCUGUCUUCUAUAUAUUCAGCGGGGUAUUCCUUUAAGUGACCCUGAUCAUUUCAUUUGUGCUUUUGUGAGCCUCUCUUUCACUACAGCCCGUGGGCUCCUGAAGCUGUCCACGAAAAGACAAAAUCUCUGAGACACUGUUUGCAGCACUGUCUCAGAGAUUGUUCAGAGUUUGUCUCUGUAAUGUUUGGGUCCCAGAAGCAAAGCCUGAAAAAUAGUUUUGUUCAUUUCUAAUAGUUUUACUUUUCUUUUUUUUUUUUUUUUUUUUUAAUUUUCGCACUCAGAAUGUCUUAUUUGAUUUAAAUUUUAUUCAUGUCUUCAAAAGGGGGGGGGGGGGGGGGGGGGGGAGUGCAAAAUUCCUAAAAGCCCAUUAUUUUGCACCCAUAUGAUAUCAAUGAUUUUCUAGUUUCAAUACAAUAUUUUAUUAAUUUUGUACUGAUACUGGAGCUGUGUACCACCCAGGGAGCUUUAAAUGUUCCUGGAAAUUGCUGAUGUGUAGUUAUGAAGGGCACACAGGGUUUGGAAAAAUACCAGAACAGAGGAUUAGAACAGAAAUAUCUCAUUCGCCUUAGUUUUUGGACCCUUUGAUCAUAUAGACCAGGUCUGAACCUGGUGCUGCUACAACCUCACCUGAUAUAACAGGGAAUGACCCCAGCUAACACAGGGUGUACGAGUGGAUCCAAACUAUGGUAAAGGGAACAAUAGGAGACUUUUUUUUUUAUCCUCAGUCGUUAAUAAUCGUUAUAAUUAUGAUAGAACGAUUAAACUGUGUAAGGAAAGUAAAAGGUUUUUGAAAGUGUUUUAAAUGUAGUCAGUGAUGAAGCUCCAUCACUUACAGCUGACUGAAUAUAAGGCCUGUAGCAACCUGGUUUAUGUCUGACCCUGAUGUCCACGUCCUUAAUGCCUCAGUUUGCCGCUGAGGAACGGUGGGCGGGUCUCUUGAGAGAUGAACGCGAAGUCAUUUCACUGAUGCAUGUUUGUGUUUCACCCUCUGAGCACUGUCUGUGUUGACAUCACUUCCUGUGCUGUAGCCUCUUUUGUGUUUCCUUUUUUUCUUUUUCUCCAUUGUUUAAUUUUAAAUUUUAUUUCAUUAAUUUUUUUGUGAUGCGUCACCAUCCUGAUCCAUGUCUUGUCAUUUCCACCAGCAUCGGUUUAUCACAGUGUUUGUCCAGUUUUCAAGAAACCAACCAAAUGACUGACUCUGCAGCUUUCUCUCCGUAUGUCUGUCUCUCUGUCCAUCUGUCUGUCUGUCCAUCUGUCUCUUUGAUCUCAGUGGCCUCACUGUGCCGCUCUUCACUCCCCAAAAUCCUGAUUUCAUAGUGUGUUGGAGACAUUGGUGCGACAGAAGCAAAGAGUCUCUGUGGGUGAAACUAAACAAAACCAGGUCUAAACCUCGUGUGUGUGUGAAACUGAGGUGGUAGCUAAAUGUCACUAGUUUCAGCCCUUUAUCUGUUUGCUUCUCUCCUCCUCUCUGCGCUCGCAUACACAGUCAUUUCAUCCAGCUGAAUUCACAGUAAAGCUGUUCUCACUGACUGCCCAUUAAGAUCCAUGUUAACCAGCAGACACUGCUGCUCUGCUGCUGCUAAAAUCCUGAUUUUAGAAGUUAAAGAGAACAGCUGUGUGAGAGAGAAAGGUAGAGGCUCAGUAGAAUGAGACCAAAGAGUCACUGAAGGGUCUGACACUAAGUUGGAAACCCUGCCUGUAAACCCCCCUGGUUUGUCUUCAUCACUCAGUCGGUCAGACCCUGCUGUUGUGGUCACGUAUUAUGGUUUAGGAGAAGGAAUCUAUUUAUUGAGAGUGUGGAGGCUGAGUUUAGGAAUCCAGCAUGUUUUUUGGAAGAUUGUUCCAUUGGUCAACUCAUGUACAAACAAAUGAAAAACAUCAACAUCAAAAUGAUAAUGGACGUCUUUGCUAUCACAAAUAUAACCACUGUAAAAUGAAACAGAGGUGAAAUGCUGUGAUAGUUUCACAGCCAGGAAGGAAAGGAAAACUAAUCUGUGAAACUCGGGCAAAUAAAUCCUGCAGUGUGAUCUGUAUAAGCACCAGGCAUCAUACUCUAAACAUGAACAUUGUCUGUUACCUUCACUCAACAUGGUGUUUGAUAAUGUUAGAAUGUUAUGUCUGUAUGCUGCAGUUGUAGCAUGAUAACUACCAUCACUUCACAGUCUGCGUUUAAGCUUCAGAGCCUGCUAAUUCCCACUGAUCCCAACACUCAGGACCCGACUUCAUUCAUUUCAGUUUUCAUUUUGACCAGUGGCACAGUCUGCUGAGUACUGGACUUCUGUAACACAGUCAGAGAAUGCGUGUGUGUGUGUGUGUGCGUGCGUGUGUUUUGGAGCGGGGGGGUGAAGAGUGUUUUACAAGUGAGAGUUUAAAGUGACACACUCGUAGCAUAUCUGUGAAGUGCACUGUAUAGGGUUAGAUAAUGAAACUACUGUAUGCAAGGUGUUGAGGUAAUGAGGCGACGGCUGCAGCAUGGCACCACAGUGGAGUUUUGGAUAUGUUGCACUUUUACUGUAUAGAGUACCAUUUAUCAUAGGCCUGUAUGAAACAGUAUGUCACUGACUGGAAACUCUUGGCUGAUUACUGUGCAUUUAUUCACAAAGCAGAUUUUCUCAACACCAUUUAUGUGAAAUAAAAUCAAAGCAGUUACUAUUAAA